AUGGAAAUCACAGUUGAAUUGAUCAACAAAUCAAUCAGAGACCCAGACUACCGAUACGACGGCUACACUGUUCAAGUCGAAAACCACCGCAUCCUCACCGUCGUCUCCGGCUGGGACCACUUUGUCAGCAAGUGGAUCAAACAAGUCUCCAAAACCAACAACUCUGCAUCCAGCUCCUCCAGCAACUCUCUCAUCGUCGGUGUCUCUGCCGAUAAGCAAUACGUUUCCGGCAGAAAAGGCUCCGAAAACUACAAUCCCUACAAUCUCCUCCAGCUCUGCGUUGGCUCUCACUGUCUCCUCUAUCACCUCCCGAACCCUUACGAUUACUGCACCUGUAAGGCUCUCCGAAACUUCUUUUCCAAUCCUAAAGUCAUAGCUGUAGGGGUUAACAUAAAACAUAUAGCUAAACAGUUAGAGGAAGAGCAUGAGAUUAAGUUUAAGAAUGUGAUAGAUGUUAGUGAGCUAGCUAUGAAGGAGGUAGGGAAAGAAUUUGUGAAUUUGAAUCUAAGCAAGUUUGAUUUGGAUAAGUUGGCUAAGGCUUUGUUAGGGAAACACAAGGAUGUUGUGAGGCCUGAGGAGAAAGUGGAGUGGUUUACUAAGACUCCUUACUGUUAUAUGUAUGAAGAUCCAGAGAUGACUGAUGAGAAGGUUAAGUUAGCAACUGUGGACGCUUACCUCUGUUUUUUGAUGGGUUGGGAGCUGUUUUAUAAUGUGGAUGACUGUAAGCUUAACGUUGCUCGUGCUUUAAAGGAUAGGAUGAAGAAGGAGAGUAAGUAUCCGAAGAAAAUUCAAAGGAAACAGAAAACCAAGAUUUUGAAGAGAUCAAUGAUGAUGGAUUACACGGUGGAUGAUACGUAUUACUAG